AGUCCAACUGUGGACGUUUGCUGCAGCAACUAAAGAGCCGAAACAGGACAUGUGUUGGCCAACCUUUACAAAGUGGUGUCUGUUUAGUGAGCGAAUGCAACUUUCCUUGAGAAAGUGUGAAUGAUCGUCAGACAUGCAGCAGUCUAUGGAGUCUCUGGUCCGCGUGCUGGAGUCUUACAGAGGAAGAGAUAAAAUUAUCAGGACAGUCUGUUAUGGCUCUCAGCUGGUCGGAGGACUCCUUACCCGAAACACAAAUAAAGACAUUUCCUCUCAGCAGUUCGGGAGAAGACUCCUGCUGUUCUCUGCUCAGCUAAGCCACUGCCGGACGGUGCUGAGGCUGUUUGACGAUCUCUCCAUGCUGGCCUACUCCCAAAGCUAUGGCCUUGGAGCUACGGUGAUCCAUGCAACGCUCUACUCAAAUGAAGAGGAUGCAUGUGUUCGCUGGAUAUCAAUCUUUACCAACGUGGCAGACCAGCUUUACUACCCCUGUGAACACAUUGCCUGGGCUGCCGAUGCUGAACUCAUUAAAGUGAAGUCGGACAAGUGGUGGUUGUUCAGCACAGUGCUGUGGGGAACCUCGCUGCUGCUGGGGAUCAUGAGGUCACUUCGAGUUUUAAUGCUGCUGAAAAAGAAAUUGAAGAAACAUGAGAGAGAUGGAGGGGGCAGAAGAAACUCUCACCUCCAGAGGAAGAUGCAAGAGCAGCGGCUGUCUGUCCUCAGCAGCAUGGCUGACCUUAGUAACGCUAUUCACUGGAUGCCGCCUGGCUUCCUGUGGGCAGGACGAUUCCCCAGCUGGCUGGUGGGGCUGCUGGGCACUACCUCCUCUUUGAUCGGCUUGACCCUGAUGAGCACCAGCGACAGUGAGCAGUCAGACAGUACAUAGCCGUCAUCACAGCAAGGAAGAGACGUCACGCUUUGAUCAGCAAGGAAUGGAAAUCACAUCUUCAUGGACAGAAAUCAUAACAGAUCUUUGAUUUGAGGGCAUUGUUUUUUUGGAGUAAAAAUACAAAAAUAAGAUCAACAGUCUUUCAAGCAAAAUGUAACAUUUUACAAUGACAUGAUCAUUGCAUGCAAAAUGUAUGGCUUGUUUAAUAAUUUUGUCAGGAGAUAUUAUUUUUAUGUAAUUGAUGAACAUGCUACAGCAGAAACAUGACAAUGGGUUAAGGUUUUAUCCAUUGAUUGUUAAACAAUUGUUAUGUCAGCUAUUACUUUUAAAUACCUGACUUGUUCCUUGUGUGUUAUCAUCACAUGCAAAUCAAAGUAUUUUUUGGGCCUUUUUUAAUCAUCUUGAUGUUUUCAGAAAUCAGGACUCAGGUCCUACAUGAGACAAUGAGACUGUUUUGUAGUGCAAGUGAGGUUAGUACAAAUUAAUUUCAAGACUGCAAGUCACAGAAUAGCUCUUGUAAAAGACACUAGGUUUAACAAAAAGCCCAAGGGUUUGUUCUGUCAGCCCAGUAGCUCAUUAGCUCCUACAGCAAUAGCACUAGGAUUUUAUUGUGCCACUGUGGGAUGUUGAGUAAUGUGUUGCCUUAAACUGAGGUAAUCUAGCCAGUCGCUCUCCGGAGAGCCCAAGUUCAAAUUAAAAAUUCAAUGUUUAUGGGCAUGUUUGAGUCAGUGCUAGACAGAGGAUCAGAUAUGUGGGGUCUUUCUACGAGAAACAAACAAAGUACUUGUUGUUGAAAAGGUAUUAGAAGCAACUCAGGGUUCGUUUUUGCGAAAGCUUAAUCUAAAAUUAAACACAGCAGCUGAUUUUAGUGUUUCAAGCAUUUUCCCAAUAGGUUUAAUCAGCUGCAGAAAUAGAAGUAUUACAUGAUAUAACCACUGCAAUAGAAGUAGCAUAAAAAAGUGUUAUUAAAGAAAGAUGGUCACUGAUUAAAAUUUGUAUGGAUACAGUCUGUUUUUUUGUAAAAUUGAAUAAGCAUUACCAGAAAUGUAUAAUAAUUUUCAUUUACUUUUGAUCAUUUGAAAAACCAGACUGUUUUUAGAACACUGAUCAAUUGGUGUUCUUUUGAAAAAUGAACAAAUGUAGGCUACUUCUUUCCUGCUGGUUUAAAGAUAGAAUUGUAUUGAAUCAAAAUGUAAUUAAUAUUUAUUUACUGUACAUCACUUUAUUUCUCCUUCGUUUGUUUUUCUUUUUUUAAAGCUUUUUAAUUGUUUAAUGAAAAAUAAUCUGCUUUUAAUGUUAAUUGUGUCACAUGUAAAAUAAACGACCGAUAUAUAUUUUUUCUCUCUUCGAUCCAACAAUUGGUAUUUGAUUAAAUUGGACUUGAAGGUUCAAUACUUUCAACUGUU